AUGACUUUUGGUAGGAAAAAAAAACACUCGACCUACGAUGUCAUCGAAGAUGUCACGUUGAUGCAGAUGGAUGGUGAUGAAGGUCUCAUAUUUGGUACGGUCAAUUUUGGCAAGUUCCAGCGUCGUCUGGUCGAUGAGGACGUUGAGAAGUGCGAGGAAGUGCUUGUUCGUGGCCGCCAUGACUUUGGGGUCCUCGCGGCUCUCUUUCAGCGCUUCCGUGGCGUCGUGCGUCCAGAUCCACUGAAGGCUGAGCAGACCCACUUGGGCCGGAUAGGCGUUGAGGAAGGCGAUGAUGGAGAACUCUGGCUCCAGGAUGACCAUGUGCGCCCUCCGGAUCACCUGACUCAGGCUGUACUGGGCCGUCUUCAUCAGCCGGUCGAGCCAGGCCUCGACUGGCCCUUCGCAGAUGACCACGGGCUCCAGCUGAGCUCCGAAAAGAGGUACAGGACAAGAGAAAAUUGUGCUCAUACCAACCGGGGCUAUAUGACAUAA